AUGGCCUGUGCCCGUGAGGAGCCUCGCCCGCACCAGCAGCCCUACGGGAGGCACGUUACCGGCCCCGCACGGCCGGCAGCCUCGGAGGGAACCGCCCCGCCCCGGGCCACACCGCUGAGAGGCGACGCCACGUUCUCGCGAGACCCGCCCGCGCGCGAGGACCGCGCCCCGCCCCCACGCGGCGACCCCGCCCCCGUUGCCCAGCGACCGGAGCCCGCCCCCCGUGUGGCGGCCGGAGCGCGGGAGCGGGUCGCGCCAACAAGAUGGCGGCGCCCGGGGGCGGGGGCCCGUCUCCCCGCGUCGCCUAAGCCCGCUCUUGAUCCGACGCUGAUACCGGCUUCGCUCCCGGCAGAGACCAAGGUGUACGUGGGGAACCUGGGCACGGGCGCGGGCAAGGGCGAGCUGGAGAGAGCCUUCAGCUACUACGGCCCCCUGAGAACCGUGUGGAUCGCGAGGAACCCGCCGGGGUUUGCCUUCGUGGAGUUUGAAGACCCGAGGGAUGCUGAGGAUGCUGUCCGCGGACUUGAUGGGAAGGUGAUAUGUGGCUCCAGGGUGAGAGUGGAAGUGUCAACAGGGAUGCCUCGUCGCUCUCGUUACGACAGGCCUCCUGCACGACGCCCCUUUGACCCUAACGACAGAUGCUAUGAGUGUGGUGAGAAAGGCCACUAUGCUUAUGAUUGUCACCGCUAUAGUCGCCGAAGGAGGAGCAGGUCGCGGUCUAGAUCCCGUUCAAGGUCCCGUGGAAGAAGGUAUUCUCGGUCACGCAGUCGGAGUCGUGGUAGGAGAUCAAGGUCAGCUUCCUACCGCAGGUCUAGGUCAAUGUCUCCUCGCAGGUAUAGAUCAUUUUCACCCCGCAGAUCUCGGUCUGGUUCUUUAAGGAGGUCAAGAUCUAGGUCCAGAUCACGCUCAAGGUCCCGGUCUGUUGUAUGGCCUCGAAGCAGGUCUGGGUCCCAUGGUAGAUCUAAAUCUGGCUUACCUGCUAAAAGUCGCUCAAAGUCCAGAUCACCAUCUCCAAAGAGAAGUCAUUCACCAUCAGGAAGCCCUUGAAGGAGUGCAUGUCCUGAAAGAAUGGGUUCAAAUUUAAAAAAGUUUAAGAAGAAAAUUUAUUUUGUUUACAUUAUUAUAAGGGAUUUUGUGGUGUCUUUAUAAAUGUAAGGGCUUAGUCCUGGAAGGCUGUUUCUAUUGACUAACAAUUUGGCAUGAAUCUGGAUCUUUAAAAAGUCUUAUUAGUAGACUAAUGCAAAACUCUCUUGUUGUGUUAACGUUCUGUGAUCUGGAAAUGUUGGGCUUUUUUUAUUGGUGCAUUGAAAUAAACUGUGCAUUUCUAACUAAGAAAUAUUUUGUGAUAACCCUGCCGUUUCUGUUAAUAUUUGGGUAGCUGGAGCAGGUCAGGUGUUCCUGCGGCGCAAAGCAGGAGGCAGGCUGUUGGAGGCACUGGUGAAUGGAAUGCAGCGCAGGAGCCAGUUGUUGGCUGUUGCACAGGCCUGUUGUAGGAUGUCCUGUAGAGCACCAGUCCCAGAGGGGAGUUACCGGUACCAGCUAUCCUUCUUGCUGUUCAGUCUUGAGUGUUGUGGUGAUCUGUACCUUGUGUUUUUAUUUGCACCUCCUCAAAGUACUCGGUGACGCUGAAAACCUGUCUGGCUGAUGGGACUUAUGAAAAUGUCUACAAAGGGCAUUAACAGAUGGAAAAAACAAGGAAUGUGUCAAAGCUGGUCUGUCUGUCCUGUUGAUUAAAGGACCAGUGAACUUCUCACCUGAAGGUAUUUGGAAUACUUCUGGAAUGUAAACUAUUGAAGUAAAUAUUUUUAGAAAUCUUGUUUUAUGUCCUGGUUGUCCAAGUAGUACUUCUUUGUGAUACUUAGGAUAAAUUGGCAGUUCUGGUGAAGAAGAUAAUACAUUUAGAUAGUCUUUUCAGGAAAAUUAAAUUUUUUCUUAUGGAUUCACAAGCAGAACCUGCAGGUCAUGUUUAAGCAGCAUGAAGGGGAAUUAAGAGCUCACAUUACACCCAUCUGACUUGAUCUGCCUGGUCCCAUCUUCUCCUUUGGCAGUGGUUUAACCGAGGGACUUGCUGCUGUCCUGAUGGGUUGUUGCUUUAGGAGACUGGACUGUAGCUACCUGUGUACAGAUGGUCCCCAUUUCACCACAGAGAGGUUACUGAAAGGUUUAAUACAAGUAUGAUAAACUACCGCAAGGUAUUUGCCAGUUUGAUUUGUGUUUGCAGCUUUGGCUAUUACCAAACUAGUGAAGAAUUCAGAGUGCCACAUGAUUGUGACUAAAAGUCUUCCUUAGAGUGUGUUCUGGCCUAUAUUGCUGUAUCUUACAGCAAUUCUCUUGGGGCUUCUAGUUUUUCAGCAGUGGCUUGAUACUCUGCAGUGGAGCACUGCAGCUCUCCUCUGCUUGUGCACCCAACCACAGGUUUUCAGAUGAAUUUUGGUCAUUGUUGCUUUAUAAGAUGUCUAGGUAUUUAAAAAAUAAUAACCCCUAUACAUGAGUUCACAAAGACUUUUCUUGUGUACUGCAGCAUGUGUUUUGUCUCUUCCUUCCCUCUCUCCCCCAUGUUUGUACAUUUUAGAGCAUCGGUGUUUAGUAGGAUAAGUGGCUUCUUGCUGAUGAUGCUGCAGUUAAUAUUGUUAUAACCAUAGUCCAUUAUAAGUUGCAGGAAAGGGAGCUGGAAGCAACAGCAUUAAACUAGGGUGACCCAAAAGUCACUGCUAAACAUUGCUGAGGUGAGCAUCCCUUCCCUCUGCCACACUGCCAUUAACUUCUAGUAUGGGUAAAAUUACCCCCCGCGACAGUACCUCUAAUGGGGGGUAGCUUUUUCUCUUCAUUCUGUACUGCUGAAGCAAGCUGACUCCACAAUAAACCUGUAGUCUAAAA